AUGGCCUCAAGCCAGGUUGAGACCAAGGGUGGCACAGAAAUUGCCGCCAUUUACAUUAUCUACGGUCACGCCGACAUAAGCCGGGCUGCCAGGGUCAAAGUUGCAAAACUUUUGCGACAUCCGCAGUAUGACGACAAAUCGUUAUUCAACGACAUCGCUGUCCUGCUGGUGGAAAAGCCAUUCCAGUAUGGACUUGAGGUCAAGCCGAUAUGCUUCCCUACGAAACCUCUGAAUGCGUACAACAAGAAUGCGGUCAUCGCUGGCUGGGGAAAACUUUCUGAGUUCGGCAACACCUCGGACUACCUGCAGUUCACGAUUGUGAAGAUACAACCAAACGAGGUUUGCGAAAAGAUCUACCUGGACUCCUACAGGAGUGACAAAACUUACUGCGCGUUCCGCAACAACACCAGCCCAUGCUUCGGUGACUCCGGCAGUCCCCUGUUCUUGCUAACUAGCAAGAAGCUCUACGUGCAAGUGGGAAUUGUGUCCCAUGGAUUUAGUUGUGAAUCGCCAGUCGUCUACGCCAAAGUAGAAAGCUUCAUAGACUGGCACGCCGGUUUCUUCUAUGACACAAUAGACCUGCUUAUAUGA